AUGGAUAUGGCUACCCUUACGCCUCCCCAGGGAAAGUUCCGCUACCUGAUCCGAGGGGCUAAGCCAGCUCCAAGAAAAGAAGCAUAUCUGCUUCCAUCUCUUUCCGAGUUCGGCGAUGUUCGUACAUUACCUCUCACGGACAUGAAACCCUCUUUAGGACUUGGAGAGGAGUCCCCAUACAAGCUGUCCGUUCAUGGUUUCACCGCGCGCCGACAUCACUCGUCCCUGCAUGCAGCUCCAUACGAUCGUACAAGUUGGAAUAAUGAGCAUCUGCUUCGUGAAAUUUAUUUCCCAGAAGUACAGGCACUUGUUCAACAAGUGACGGGAUGUAAGAAGGCGGUGGUAUCUGCAGCAGUGCUUCGAAGCGAAAUCUACAACGAAAGCGAUCCAACUUCUGCUCCACAAGCAGAAGAGAACGGACAAAACUCAGACAAAGACCACAUACCUCCACUAUUUCCACCGAUUUGGGGAAAUUCGACGACAGAUGGUAUAUGUCCUGCCCCGAAAGUGCAUCUUGAUGUUUCCCCGAAGGGUGCUAGGUACCACAUUCGAAAGUACCAUUGCGAAGUUGCUUCAGCGGCUGAGCGAGUGAUCAAAGCGGAGAAUCGAUUGCUUGAAUCUGGGGUGCAAUGGGAUGACCUCAAGAACUUUUAUCGGGGGGAGCAGAAGGGCGAUGAUGGGAUACCUCGAUUCGCGCUGUUCUCGAUAUGGCGGCCCUUGAAAACAGUCCAUCGGGACCCUCUUGCUUUGUCAUCCUGUGCUUCCUUUCCUGAAUCUGAUUAUGUGCCUGCUGACCAGUUUGAGCCUAUGGAUUCCCAUAUUCCUGCUCAUCUAUCGCGGAUCAUUGAUCCCAACGCUUUGAACGUGAACGAUGCCAACGAAGAACAGGUUCGGGAUGUUACAUUGGACGAGGAUAAUGGAACAUUUCAAUCGCAAGGCUAUCUGGCGUAUGGGCCACGGGAUGAGGAACAAAAGGCGCAUGACUGGCACUUCAUUUCAGAGCAACAACCUUCUGAAGUCUUGAUAAUCCAACUGUUUGACAACGAGAUGGAAGCGUAUGCAAGAGCACCACAAGAAGGGGUCGAUAAACUGUCUAAUCUGGGAGUCGGGGGAGCCAUCCAUAGUGCAUUCGAGUUGGACGGCCAGGAUACCGUAUCUGAAGCUCGGGAAAGUAUCGAGGUACGAUGUGCAGCAUUUUGGUGA